AUGGCACCCCUCCGCGAGUCCCUCCUCCUCGCCGCGGCGCUGUGCGCGCUCGCGCUGCUCGCGGCGACGCCGGCCUCCGCGUCGCGCGACCUCCGCCCGCUCCGGGCGGGCUUCGUUGUGCGCGGCCGCGUCUGGUGCGACAACUGCCGCGCGGGCUUCGAGACCCCCGCAUCCACCUACAUUGCUGGUUUGUUCUAG